AUGACUCGCAUAUUCCUCGCAAAGAUUCUUCGCAAUGCGCCCCGCCAAUGUGGCACCUCUCGAAAUUUCCUUGCGCGCGGUCGAACAGUUCCAACCAUUCGACCAAGUGUUGUUUAUCAAACCUUCCGCCCUAUCACAAUUUCGAGCAAAGUAGGCAAAGGAUUGUCUCCGGAAUCCGAGGAUCCUAAACCUAAGAUACUGGAAAGCAAUCCAGAACCAAAACAAGCUGCUGAGCUCAGUCAAGAACAAUAUAAUGAGUUAUCGGAUAAGUACAUGGAUAUGAUGGUUGAGAAGUUGGAGGAGUUGCAAGAGGAGAGGGAAGAUGUUGAUGUCGAAUACAGCGCUGGAGUUCUUACACUCUCAUUUCCACCCAUCGGCACCUAUGUCAUCAACAAGCAGCCACCCAAUAAACAAAUUUGGCUUUCUUCUCCCACAUCCGGGCCAAAGCGCUACGAUUUUGUGAUUACGAGUGAGGGUCAAGAUUCGAAAGAAGGCACAGGAUCAGGGGAGUGGAUAUACUUGAGGGAUGGGUCGUCUUUGAACGAACUGCUGUUGAAUGAGGUCGGCGUCGACUUAUCGAGUUCAUACACUCCUGAUAUCCAAGGAGAUGAGUGA